AUGGACGCCAAAUUUGGAGCCUUCGACGAGAUCGAAGCCGCCUACAAGACUGUUUCGGGCACGCCUCUAGAGACAACUAUCCUCAUACCGAAGAAUGCUCAGAGCAGAAAGUGUCCCGUUUUGGUUCAUUUUCAUGGUGGCGGGCUGAUCGUUGGCGAUAAAUUAUUUGCCCCUUGGUUUCCCUUGUGGAUUAUUCAACUUGCGGAAUCUCACGGAGCUAUAAUAGUCACUCCAAAUUAUCGACUGAUCCCCGAGUCCAAGGGUAUCGAUAUUCUUGAUGAUGUGAAAGAUUUCUGGGCUUGGCUUCAUUCCUCCUUACCCACUGAAGUGGGAAGGGCUCGUAAAGGCCUAUCUCCGCAGCUCUCUAAGGUUGCCGUCGCCGGUGAAAGUGCUGGUGGCUACUUAUCGUUGCAAUCCGCAUUUCUUUUCCCGGAGGCUCGAAUCAGUGUCGUUUUGGCCCAAUACGCAACGCUCGAUAUUGACAGUCCGUUCUACAACCCACCUCCCCCUUCGCCUCCCUCAGGCCACUCUAUUGUCAACGAAUAUUUGGCAAAGCUUAAGCCUAGUUCGGUUAGAGUGUCUUCCCCUAUGCCGGACCGAUGGGAUCUUUGUGAGGCUAUCCUUGCAGAGGGCAGGCAUCGCGAGUUCAUAGGAAAUGAAGACAAGGUUCGCCUGAUGAGUACUCUCGAACAAGCUCAAAAUCCACCCGCAAUCUGGCUUGCUCAAGGCAAUAAGGAUCCAAUCUUAAGUGCCGAUGGCGACAGCCACAAAUUUUGUGGAACAGAUGAAGAAAACUCACCCAAGCACGCCGCUCCACUUUUCUGUUCAGCCUGGCUCACAUGGGUUUGA